AUGGUGUUUCGUCCAUUUACCGGGAAAGACAAUCACGGGGGUCCUAUUGCAUUUGGAGCUGGUUUCGUAUCCAGUGAGAAUUGUGAUGCAUUCUCAUGGCCUUUUACUUUGUUUGUUGAAUGCAUGGGUGUUGCUCCAAGGAUCAUAAUCACAGACCAAGAUUGGGGAAUGAGGCUUGCAAUUGAGAAGGUAUUAUCUGGUACAAGGCAUCGUUUGUGCAUGUGGCAUAUUAUGAGCAAGUUGUUUGAGAAAAUACCUAAAUCUAUUUCUGAUAGAGAAAAGUUUAGUAAGGAGUUUAAGGCUUGUGUUUGGUCAGAAUUGUUAGAUCCAGAUGAGUUUGACAUAUUAUGGACUGGUAUUGUUGAAAAAUAUGGUGUGAAAGAUCAUAAAUGGUUUAAGGACAUGUGUGCUGUUAGACAUAUGUGGAUCCCAGCCUACUUUAGAGAUGUUCCUAUGGGUUCUUUAAUGAGAACAACAUCUUUUUCAGAAUCUGAAAACAAUUUUUUUAAGAGGUACUCGAAACCGUUGUUUAAUUUUGCUGACUUCACUCUUCAGCAUAACAAUGGCAUUGAUGCUCAAAGGAAUCAAACUGAAAGGCUCGACUAUUAUGAUUCUGUAAUCUCACCAAAAUAUGCCACUGAUUUAGCAUUUGAGAAGCAAUUGACAUCUGUAUACACGGAUAGGAUGUUUAGAGUGGUACAAGAAUUGAUUUAUGAGGCUGAUAAGAGUUGUCGGAUGAUUAGCAUCCACCUUUUCUUCGUCCUCAGAAACAAAGAUGUCAACAAUAUUCUAGAGAAGUAUGUUGGUAACCGGUGGCUGAAAAGUGAAUUAUUGAAGGCAGUUCAUGGUCUCACGAGUGACGAGAGUGCAUCUGGCAAAGGUUCUAACGAAGAUGACAAGCUAUAG